AAGGUCAAAGCUACAGGACGCCAUAGUCUAACGUCACGUUCAUCAUGGCGUCAAGUUCCAGGGAUUAAGUACGUCCAGUCGGCAGUUCUUACUAUGGUGCGGUUUAAAACAUUAGCAGAACUCUGAGCAAAGCUUUAUUUUACGUCAGAAACUUUAGUAAAGACAGCACAAAUGGGAAAGUUUUAUGCUACGUCAGUUGUGUACAAGUGGACAUGGGAGCAGGUUGCUCAAGGCUUUUGGCAACGGUAUCCAAAUCCAUUCAGCAAUCACGUACUUACUGAAGAUGUGCUGUCACGACACAUAUCAGGAAAUUGUCUUUACACUCGACGUCUCUUAACCAAGACUAAUGCUGUGCCGCGCUGGGGAGAGCGCUUUAUUCCUGGGCCUCGCAACAUUUGCAUUGUUGAGGAAUCCAUUGUGGAUCCAUCGGCACGUACUAUCACAACAUAUACUCGCAACACUGCAAUGCAGCAUGUAAUGAGCGUGGAAGAAAAGUGUGUGUACUCUAUUAGCCCAGAAAAUAGCAAGUGGACUCUUUGUGAAAAGACUGCUUGGGUUUCAUCUGGUGUGUUUGGCUUUGGUCCUGCCAUUAUGGCUUUUGGCUUAGACCGCUUUAAGAAAAAUGCAGCGAAGGCAAGUCGGGGCUAUGAGUUUGUUUUGGAGAGAUUGUUCCCUACUUUGCAAACACAUGCAACUAAUGCUGAUUCAUUCAAAGAAAAAGCCCGGAAAGUUGCUGAAGUGGCAAAAUCGAAAGCAUCCACACCAAUCAUUACAGCUCGUCCUCAGCCAUCCUAGAAAGGUGAUCCCUUAAAUUAGCAUGGUGUUAAAAAAGACUUGGAAAAUCAGGAAUGCUUUCUGGCUUCUUUCAGCAUAUUUUCAUAUUUUAAAAAAAGAUUAGAAUGAAUUCAUGUUGCAUUCAUCCCCUGCUUCACUGAUCAUGUUUUGGUCCGUAAUGCAGAGGAGUUAAGGCUCAGUUACACCAAGCCCCCAAAAUAAUCAGAUUACAAGGAAAGCGUGAACUGACAGUUUACAGGAAAAACAGAGAAAUAACAUUCCAUGGAUUGAAGCCAUGGUACAUCUAAGUCAGUAUACAUGCUUUGUAAAGCUUUACUUUUUUAAUAUUGGUGUCUCAGGAAAAUAACAAACCUUGUGCUUCAUCAUUGUUGCGCCUUUAUCUUAGAUGUGCAGCGCAUCUACAAUUUAUCAAAUGUCAGAAAGGCAAAAAUAUUAAGUUAUGGAUGUGUGAAUUAGUAUGUCUGAUUUGCCUUUUAAAAAACACAUCGUUACAAACACUUGGCUUUACUCACUUUAUAUUGUGUAUACUGAUAAGCAUAUGGUCCACAUCAUUGAAACAUUGAAAAUGAGCAUAAUUUCAGCCUUAUUGCAUUCAGCAUCAUAAGUAUACCAGGCCUUGGUGUGAAUGCUGUGAAACUGAAAGAAUCAUUGAACAGUCAUUGAAUAAAGUACAUUUUCUUGCCUUUGUUAUUGGCAAAGUGCACUUAACAUUCUUCUUUUAAAGGUUGCAUUUAUUGAUGUGGUGCUUUAUGAGAAGAGCUUGAGUCGUGUGUAAACGGCAUGUUAAAUUUCAGAUAAAAAUCUGUAUUUCAGUGCAGUCAUUUUUGUGUUUAAGAAACUCUACUAACAAGUAAUAUUGUAUUAAUUACAAGUAUUAACUCAGUCAUCACUCUAUACUGGUUCACACGCACAUUCCACGUGUGCUGGAAGGAAGCCAUCAGUCAAAGUGAGGCACAGUUAUUGCAUUAAAGUACUCUAAAAGAUACCAGACAAUUGGUAUACAAAGUGUAACCCUGUUGAAUCUGAAACAGAAUAGACAUAGUGUGUUUCUUUUUGUUACAGUGUUACAAUAAGAUUUGAACUCUCUAUUGCCUAGUUUUAAUUGCAGCAAUAUUACAGUUGUUCACUGAAGUUUGCUGUAAUGAGUAUUUCAUAUUUGAAGAAAAUAUUCUACUUCAAGGCAGUGACAUUUUGUAUACUUUUGUGAAGGCAGUUAAGCUAAGUCAAGAUUUCCUCUGUUUAGAGAACAAAUGAGAUGAACAGUUGGAUUUUUGUCAUUUGUUUUAAACCCUAAAACCAUUAGACUUUUCCAAGAUCCACAAGUCAUCCAUUCCAAAGAACUGCCACUCAUGACCAAGAAUGUCAUAUUGCCCAGGUCACUCAUGAACAGCAGUUAUCUGCUAGUUUUCCUGUCAGAGUUGUGAUAUAAAAUGUAUCCACUUUCUCCGAAGAAAAAUGAAGCUAGCAUGUCUCUUAAAAAACCUCCUCUUUUGGUUAACUCGUGUCUUCAUCAACCUGGAUGUAUUGCUCAGUGCACACACUGCUAUCACAGUGAGAUAUUUUAAAUCUCAUAUUCCUAUGUAUCAGCGAACAGAAUCUGGAUCAUUGUAAUUAUGAUGUACAGCAUAUAUUUUAGAAGAGAAAGAAAAGUGUAUAGACAUAAAUGUGUGCGUGUAUAAAUUCAAGUUAGAAUACACAAUUGAAGUAAACCUGUUGUAGCUUAAUGUUUGCUCAAGGCAGGAGCUUGUGUCAAGUAAUUUAUAAACAAUGUUGUAGAUAUUGAAUAAUACUAUUAAUACGCAGUUAUCUUUCCCCAAGUAUCUGUUUCUUAUUUCACUCAUAGUACUAUUGAAAUGGCAAUAGGAAAGCAGUUCUCUCUCUUGAUUUCAGAAAAGCUAAGGCAAAGAAAUAAAAGAUUUUCCUAACACAAGAUUUGUAAAAUGAAGAGCUACUUUAUAGGAUUUAGGAAAAUCUACAAUAACCAUGCAAAAUAUAGAAGUGCAGCAUUAUAUAAGUAUAUUAAAAUUUAUGCUUGUGAAAGGGUGUUCUAAGUCUGCUUUCGUUUUUUAGAGGGAAUUUAUUUGCGUGUGAUUUGUCUUGAUCAGCUGAUAUCAAGAUGCUUGUACGUAAGCAUGGACUUGGAAGAGUGAAAAAUAAAAAAUAUACAA